AUGACCACAAAGAAGAUGAAGAAGACAACCUCGGAGGUGCUCCUCAGACAUCCCUUUGUGCACACUGGGUUGGCGUCUGGUGGCAGCAAGCAGGGCACAGCAAUCCCUGUCCUAGUGCCCCGACCCUCCCUGUCACUGCACCCCAGCCAGGGAGUGUCCCUGGCGAACAAUGUCACCCUGCGCUGCCACCUGCCCCGGCUGGCUGCCUGGGUCUGGCUGUACCAGGAAAGAGGUUGGUCGUACAACAAGGGGAAGGAGAAGGAGCAGAACGCGGCCGAGUUCUCCUUUGUUAGCACACAGCGGGAACACGCAGGUCGUUAUCGGUGUCAGUACCGGGUGUCUUGGUCAGUAGGGGCAUCAGAGAAGAGUGACCCCGUGGAGCUGGUGCUGACAGAUCACAGUUAUUCCCCACCCAGCAUUUCCAUUCACCCCGAGCAAUGUGUGGAGAUGGGGACCAACAUCACCAUCCGCUGCUGGAACAAGGACUACGGGGCCGCCUUCCUCCUGCACAAGGAUGGGAGCUCAGACCCUCUCCAGCGCCAGGACCCCAGUGGUGGAGGUGCUGCAAACUUUACUCUCCUGGUGGUGACCCCAGCUGACAGUGGCACCUACAGGUGCUCCUAUCGCCCCAGGGGUUACCCCUUUGUGUCCUCACCCCUUGGGGACAGCGUGAUGCUGGAGGUGACAACCACAGCUGCACCCUUAGGUGGGUCUGAGCCCCCCCAUUUGCAUGCCCCCCAUCAUGGAUGGGUGGCUGUGUCUCUGCAUCCAGUCUGCAUGGGGGUUGUGGCUGGCAAUAGGGACACCCAAACACCUGGACCCCACAGGUGCCGAGGAGCAGUCCCGGGCCAAUCUGGUGAUGGCACUGGUGAGGGGCUUUGUGGCUGCACUCGUCUUUGGCCUCGGAGUCUUCUUUGUCAUCGAUGCCCGCAGCCUCUGGAUACGGAGAGAUGACAACUGUGGUGCCCCCCCAGUGACAGUGACCGUCUGACCUACGCCGAGAUUCGUGCAGUGACCCCUGCUGAUACCCCCACACCCGCAGUACUUCAUUUUUAAGUACUCUGUUACACUUCUUCUGCAGCAGCCAUAACCUCAGUUUUCCAGAAGGUAGCAGAGAAGGCAAUAACACCAGUGUAAAAUUAUCCUUUAUCCCUGUCGCUCAUUCAUUGUUACUAGGACAUCCCCUAAUUUUGUUGCAGCGCAGUUGAUUGGCUGAUGGUGGACAGUUCAUUAAAUGGUCUUCUGUUGUUCCUCAGAGUCACUGUCUGACGCUGUUGCCCUGGAGAGCCCAGGCAAGCACGGACAGCCCUACUGGGGCACUGUGCAGAGAGUGUGGCGUGCGUUGGGGGACACCAUGCCGGGCGACACACUCACAGCCCUCUGGGGACAGUGUGUGACACCCCAGGGUUGAGAGAGUGUGGGGCGCCUCAACAGUCACAGUGUGCAGAGUGCACCAAUCCAGUUGUCCCACCCCAGAG